AUGAAGACCGAAGUUGCAACUUUCUGCGCUAUCGGGGCUGGUGCUUGUGCUGUCUCCCAUGCCUUGAACGCAUUUGUGUCCGCCCCCGCUACCUCGGAAACUCCGGUGCGUCAUUUGCGAGCAAACACUGUCAAGCAGGCAGCCGCCACCUCUGGCAACGCCACAACAGUGGUGUUGGCCUCCGCAGCUGGCUUGGUGGCAGCAACCGGCAAGAGCAGACACUCUCGCACCCAGAGGAAGUCUCGUGGUGGCUUUGAAACCUCAAAGUCUGAAGAAAUUUUCACAGAAGCCAAAGAUCUGAUGCCUGGUGGUGUAUCAAGCCCUGUGCGAGCCUUCAAGUCCGUGGGUGGCAAUCCUGUGGUUUUUGACAAGGUGAAAGGUGCCUAUGCUUGGGAUGUGGAUGGAAACCAGUACAUUGACUAUGUUGGCACUUGGGGCCCUGCCAUCAUCGGCCAUGCCGAUGACAAGGUGCUCAAAGCAUUGACUAAACAGAUGGAGAAAGGCACCUCUUUUGGAGCUCCUUGCGCUCUCGAGAACGAGCUGGCCAAAAUGGUCAUUGAUGCGGUGCCCUCCGUUGAGAUGGUUCGAUUCACCAACAGCGGCACUGAGGCCUGCAUGGGCAUGUUGAGGCUUGUGAGAGCAUUCACCAAGCGUGAUGUGGUGGUGAAGUUUGAGGGUUGCUACCAUGGCCAUGGUGAUGCGUUCCUGGUUCAGGCUGGUUCCGGAGUGGCCACUCUAGGCUUGCCAGACUCACCCGGCGUGCCCAAGGGUGCCACCACCAGCACCUUGUGCGCUCAGUACAACGACUUGGAGUCUGUGGAGGAACUUUUGAAGAACAACGAAGUGGCUGCCGUGAUCCUGGAGCCCGUGGUUGGCAACUCUGGCUUCAUCCCACCCACCAAGGAGUUCUUGGUUGGCCUCAGAGAGCUCACCACCAAAUACGGGGCAUUGCUGGUCUUUGAUGAAGUCAUGACUGGCUUCCGUAUUGCUUAUGGUGGAGCACAGGAGUACUUUGGUGUGACACCCGAUGUCACCACCAUGGGCAAGGUCAUUGGCGGCGGCCUACCAGUAGGUGCUUACGGUGGCCGCAAGGACAUCAUGGAGAUGGUGGCUCCUGCUGGGCCCAUGUAUCAAGCCGGCACUUUGAGCGGCAACCCUUUGGCCAUGACCGCGGGCAUUGAGACCAUGAAGAGGUUGCAGGAGCCUGGAAGCUAUGAGUACCUUGACAAGCUCACUGGCAAGCUGAUCAACGGCAUCCUGGAUGCGGCCAAGGAGAAUGGCCACAAGGUAUGCGGAGGUCACAUUAGUGGCAUGUUCGGCUUCUUCUUUUGCGAAGGGCCUGUCACCUGCUUUGCCGAUGCUACGAAGAGUGACACAGAGAAGUUUGCCAAGUGGCACCGCAUGAUGCUGCAGAAGGGCAUCUACUUGGCGCCUUCCCAGUAUGAGGCAGGCUUCACUUCGCUGGCACAUACCGAGGAGGACAUUGAGAAGACCAUUGCGGCUGCAAAGGAGGUCUUCGCCGCUAUCUGA